AUGACUAAUGCGGAGUUGAGGGAUGCCCUAAUGAACUUGACCCAACUCAUGACGGCUCAAGCUCAAGUCGUCAACAAUCACUUUGUUGCCCAAGCUAACCAAGGAUUUGAAUCUCAACCUAAUGUUAGUACUCCCGCUUCUAGAAUUCGGGAUUUCAUGAGGAUGAACCCUCCAACUUUUCAUGGAACUAAGGUGGAUGACGAUCCACAUGGUAUCAUAAAUGAUGUUUUCAUAUUGGUGGAUGUUAUGGGUGUGAUCCCUUGGGAGAAAGAGGAGUCAGCCGCUUAUCAACUCAAGGAUGUGGCUCAAGUGUGGUUUGAGAAAUGGAGGAGUGAGAGACCAUUAGAGAGAGAUCCAGUUGAUUUGGAGGAGUUCAAAGAGGCUUUCCUAGAUAGGUUCUUUCUCCUCGACUGGAGGGAGAAGAAGAUGGUUGAAUUCACGAUCCUUCGUCAAUGGGGAAUGAGUGUGCAAGAAUACUCUCUCAAAUUCACCCAACUCUCUAAGUAUGACCUAACACUUGGUAACCAAUCGUAG